CUAGGUCAACAUUCUCAAGUGGACGACGAACAAUUAAAAUAAGCUGUAGUGUGUUAUCGACCUUGAGAUUGUAGUACAGAGGCCUGUUGGUCCACGGUCGCCCUAAUCAUUUUCAAUCAGAACACUGAUCUUGAAUCAGGGGAGAGGAUAGGCUAUAGUAAGUGGUGGUGAUCUCCCUUUCUGAUUUGAACUUUUUUAACAAGGGUUUUCAGAGAGUCCAGAGAAUUUUAUUCUCGACAGUAUUUGAUACUGACCAAAGCUUACAUACUAUAAAACACCUGUUGUUGACCAGAGAUUACGUUGCAGUUUAAGAGAACCGCGUUGCGUGACAUUAAAUCGUUUGAAAGUGCUCGUUUAGAAUUUGUAAUUUGAUUUCGCGUCGUUACCUAUUUAAAAACUGAACGUUGUUUGGAAAAUCCAGGUUCGGAUUGUAUUUGAAUUCGGGCGUUUGUUUGUUGUCGUUUUGUAUUUUGAGUUUUUAAACUUCCCCAGGGUUCGUGGAACGAUGUCCUUUGUCGGGAAGCCUUUUGUUUAUUCUGUUUCAGGUGAAGAACAUGUCUGGUGCAGCAGCGAUGUUCGUGUUCUUGUUGCCGGGGAUUCCAAUGUCCAUCGUUUGAAGUCUGCGUGUCCUCCAAAUACAAGGAUUGACUUUCCUCCCGUAUCUGAAACGCAAGAAGAUGGAAGUCAAGACUGGUAAGGUUAAAAGGGAGAAACCUACCAUGACGAAAAAGAAGAACAAACAGGAAGAUGAAAUCAACGUGCCAUCCAACAUCUAUUGCCACCGAGACACUGAAGAGACGCCCCAACAAGAUGACAACGCCGCAAAUGAAGAUCAAGUCAACGUGCCAUCCCACUUCUUUUUCCAACGAGACACUGACAAGACGCCCCAACAAGAUGUAGACACUUCACAGCUUCUUCUUAUUCUUUCAAAUGACGUUGAACUUAACCCUGGACCGACUUUCAGUUGCAAAUGGACAUCAUGCUUCAAGAAAUUUAUUAAUUAUGGUGAACUUAGUGCCCAUUUAGUAUGUCACAUAGAGGGAACAAAUAGAUGCCAAUGGGAAGACUGCUAUGAAUAUUUUUCAGCUAACAGCGAGAUAUUCAAAACAAUCGAUGAAUGGGAAAACACGCUACCUGAUGGGAAGAUCAAUGAACAGACAACAGAUCUGAAUAUGUGUCCGCUGCAUCUGGGGGCUUCGCCCCCCUGGACCCCCUUGAAGGGCUUUGACCUGCACCAACCUGGGGCCCUAGCGGCCACCCUGGACCCCCAGUAA